AUGCCUGAGGUGGUGGCUGCGGUGAAGGGCAGUGCGUCCCGCAAGACAUCGAAGCAGUCGCUGACUAAAAUCACCAAGAAGCCGCUCAAGAAACGGAGGAAAUCUUGCAAGCAGAGCUAUUCCACUCACUUGUGCAGGGGGCUGACCCAGCUCCACCCUUCCACCAGGAUCUCGUCCAAGGCCGUGAGUGUUAUGACCUCCUUUGUUGUCGACAUUUUCGAGCGCAUCGCCUUCGAGGCCUCGAGCCUCUUUCACUGCAACAAGCGCCGCACCAUCUCGGCCAGGGAGAUCCGGAGCGCCGUCCGCCUCAUGCUGCCGGAGGAAUUGGCCAAACACGCCGUCUCCGAAGGCACCAAAGCAGUCACCAAAGACACCAACGCCAUUUGGGUCGAUCAUUCUAAAGAUUACAAGGUGUUCUAG